AUGUCGCAAGCUAUCAAAGGAACGAUUCUAUGUUUGCAUGGCUACGCCCAAAAUGGACCAACUUUUUCUGUUAAAGCUUCAGGUAUCAGGAAAGCCUUGAAGAAAAUUGGAUACCACACUGUCUUCGUUCAGGGGUCUCUAAAGAUUCAAAAAGCUGACUUGCCAUUUGAGGUCCCCCCAAGCGAGAAUGCCGAGGACGAAUUUGAUUAUCGCGGAUGGUGGCAACCCCUUGGCGACUAUGAUAUCCAACCAGCUCUAGAUGCAGUGAGGAAACAUUACAAAGAACAUGGACCGUUCGUUGGUAUCAUGGGGUUCUCUCAAGGUGCCGGUUUGGCUGCUGUUGUGUGUAGUAAAUACGCUGAAAUUGUUGGACAGCCAAAGGCAAGCAAGGAGCUCAAGUUUGCGAUAUUCUAUGCCGGAUUCAAGCUCAAACCUCAAAAAUACCAAAAAUAUUACGAGAACAAAAUCAAGCUUCCAACCCUUCAUAUUUUCGGAGAACUUGAUACUGUGGUUUCUCCUGACAGAGCUGAAGCCCUUGUUGAAAGCUGCGAGAACGCUACUGUCUUAAAACACCCUGGAGGACAUUUUGUUCCAAAUACUAAGGAUUUGAUUAGAAAAGAGAUUGCUUGGGUGGAGAACGUUUUAAGCGAGUCAAAUAAAGAAAAGCUCGACUCUAACAAGGACGAGGAAAAAGAGCUUGAGGAGUUGAGUGAAGAGAUUGGAAAGAUGGGUGUCGCAUAA